AUUUAGAACAAUAAUAAAAUCAACUUAAGUUUUCUUAUUGGCUAAUAUAUAGAUUGAGUUUUAUUCAUUGAAAGUCAUUCUACAAUAGAUUCUAUUAUCUAAGUGCUAACAGGAGAUAACUCUUAGUCUCCAAGAAGAAAUAAAGUUGAUCAAAUGAAACUUUGGAAUUGUUAUGUAAUAACAGUAGUAUACGGUUAAAAUUAUUGACAGAAGAUAAAUACGAAAAACAAACAACAUUCCAGUGAACUCAUUUGAUUGUUUUUGAUGAUAAACAAAUAUAGAUAUAUAUUACUAUUGUUUCUUAACCAUCAAUUGAAAUGAAUUCCUGGUAUACUAUUGAGACAGGAUUUAUUAAACUUAAUAAAAAAUAUAUUUUAUGGAUUUUAUUAUUCAUUAUUAGUAAAUUUACUCAUUUCUCAUUUAUUGAAUGUAAUACAUUUCAAAGUCAUUUAAUUUAUUGGGAUCCAGAUAAUAUUGUAUUUCAAACAAAACCUGUACCACUUCUUCGAGUCAAACCAAAAGAUGAAAUUAUUUUUGUUUGUGCCCAAGAAUCACUUUACAUAUUAUGGACUUAUGAAUUCAAAGUAUUUGAAUCAUGUUCAAUGUGGUUAAAUGAUAAUCUAAUGGUUAAUCUUUUAUUAAGAUGUCCAGAUAAAUCAAAUCGAAAAUUACAAAUGCGUCAAAGUACUAAUAACAUUCCAAAAGAUAAAUUAAACUUGAAAUAUUCCCAGAAUUCAUUCAUUAAAAAUCAAUCAAGUUUAAUGGGAAAUAGUUCAAUAGUUGAAAAGAACUAUAUAAAAUUAAAUAAAUAUUCUAAACGUUCUACAAAAAUAUUCAAUAAACGAUCGUCAUCAUCAACAUAUUUGAAGUCAUUAAUUUCACAUUCUCCAUUAAUUGAUCGUAAAAAACAUCCAUCACAAUUUACGUUAUUAGUAGAAGAAUUCGCAUGGGCUAAUGGAAAUCCAAGUUUUCCUGUUAAUCGUCCAGUUUAUUUUCUUGCUCAACCUAGUGUCUGCCAUUCAAGAAACAUGCGAUUGGGAAUUGUGAAUGGAGAUUUCACUGGAUUGCUAUCUGAUCCAUAUGCUAAUCGAUUUCAAACAUUUUGGUUGACAAAUAAUUCUGGUCUUAUCCCAUCACUAAAACAAAAUUCAUCAUUUUUAUCAAAAUCAGAUCCAAAUAAUUAUGAUCCAAAUAUACAAAAGAAUAUUUUAUCUAAUAACAAGCAAGGUUUAUGCUCAGCUGCUUCAACUUCAUCAUCAUCUUUGUCUAUUGUAAAUGGUUACUUUAAAGACUUAUUAAAGAUUCUACUUGUUAUGAAUUUUAUUAUUCCAAUCAUAAUAUUUUACAUUUGUUUAAAUUAAAUGGAAUUGUACAUUAA